UUUUCAUUGUAGGUGCCAUAGGCUAACUGCAUUAUAUUCAGCAUAGGUUUAAGUAUUUUAUGGAUAUUUGAAGAGGAGUACUAAAAGGUAGAAGAGAUACUAAAGGUGUUCAACAGAUCAAAAAAAAAAUGGGCAAAACAGUUUUGAAACUUAUUCGUCGCAUAAAUGACAAAUUAUCGAGGAAAAAAAUUCUCUCAAAGGUGAAGAAAGAACCAAAGCGUAAAAACAGACUCAAACCACCUCCAGAGGUGACUAGAAAGAAACUCCAACCACCACUGGAAGGUUGGAAAAGAAAAAAGAUCAUUAAACUCUUCGAACAAGGGUUGAAUGUCGUCGCGAUCGCUAGAAGACUGGAAAUUGCAAACUCAUGCGCCAGUAGGAUUUUGAAAAAGUAUCGCGAGACGGGGAGUCUUCAGCCAGGAGUUGCGGGGGCAGUAAGUAAAGUUUACACCCCUGAGAUUGUGAAGAAAAUUAUUGAAUUGAAACGAGAGAACCCAAACAUCUAUGCAUGGGAGAUUCGAGACAGGUUGAUAGAGAAGCCUCCAGCCUCUUGUAUAUCAUCGAUAAAUCGGAUACUACGGCUGCACCGAUCAGAGUGGAAACCGGAAGUGAGAGUUGUGAGACGGAGAUAUAAGAAACCAACGGCACUGACGCCGGAAGUAAUCGCAAAAAUAAUGGAAUAUAAAACUGAAUCUCCUCUGACUGUCGUUCGAAAAAUUCGAGAACGUUUGUUAGCUGAAGGCAUUUGUGACGACGAUACUUUACCGAGUAUUACUACUAUACGGAGAUACUUGAGAAAAUCAAACAUUUCGUUGCGUCAGAUUUUAAAUCGAACCAGAUCAGACGCUACUCUUGAAUCUGAUGUUCUAUCUUCCGCUGAAGCGGAUUACGAAGAAGAUAUGCCACCUAGAGGAUUUAAGAUAAGUGAAAUAGAUCACGAAGAUGAUACGCCACCUAGUGGACUUGAGAUACCUUCACUUUUACGUCGAGAGAUUUUAACGACAAAUCCAACAGCGCUGUAUGAGGUACGCGUACUAGAGCAAAGCGCAACUAGAAAGCCAGAAAAUAGCUUAGUAUCGUUAAAUCAGAUACGAAGGCUUCACCAAUCAGAGAAAGAGCCUGAAAAAGGAGUUUCUAGAAGAAGUUAUAAGAAACCAACAGAAUUAACGCCGGAAGUAACUGCAAAAAUAAUGGAAUAUAAAACUGACACUUCUUUAAUUGCCGUGCGAAAGAUAAGGGAGCGUUUGUUCAAUGAAGGGGUGUGUAACGACGAUAAUUUACCGAGUAUUACUACAAUACGACGAUACUUGCAGAAUUUGUACAUUUCGUUGCGUCAUAUUUCUAAUCGAACCAGAUCAGACGCUACUAUUGAAUCUGAUGUUCUAUUUUCUGCGGAAACGGAUUACGAAAGCGGUAUGCCACAUAGUAGACUUAGGAUAACGGAAAUCGAUUAUGAAGACGAUAUGCCACCUAGUGGGUGUCAGGAAAAUUCAACGACAAAUCCAACUGCAUUGUAUGAAAUUCAGAUUCCAGAGCAAAGCGUAACCGGCUCUCAACCAGAAAAAUCAGAAUCUGAAAUCGAUGCACCAUUUAGUGGUCAUGACAUACCGAAGAAAAAUGUCACACCUGAAAAACGACGAAAAAUUAAGAUUAAUCCACCAAAACGUAAAACUACAGUCAGCAAAGACUUUGUACAGAAUAAACAAUCAGAAUCUGGUAUUGAUUUACCUUGUCAAAGCGACACGACUUUACCGCCCAAAAAGCGGAAGGCAAAUAGGGUUCCUCAUACUACUGAUGUCUUCCCUUUUGGGGAACAGACUAUAAAUGUCUCUAUUUUCAAAGACUUUCCUCAAUUAUGGGGAUCUGGAGACUUGAUUGACUAUUCUCAGAAGCGAAAUUCUCUGAAACGUAAAGUACCAAUGCAGUGCUUAACUGGGCAAAUCCCUGAAAGUGGGGAUUCUGUCGAUUCAAAUGCAAAUAGGUUGUACAAAAAGUCUCGAUCAGGGGACAAUUCUCCUUUCAGAAAUUUUAAUGAAUUAGAAGUCGCUGAGCCGUGCAAGGUCGUCAGGUUAAAUGAAAUUAACAAUUAUUCGUGUUUGAACACGCAGAACCAAAUGAACCGUAUCGUCUACUCCUCUAGCAGAAUAAAUGGGCCUAAUUUCAAUGAAUCAGAUUCUGGCUGCGCUACCUCGUCUUGGUCUAUUGAACAAGACUCCGCCCACAUUGAGGAAGAAUCGAUUCAACCAAAUUUUGAUUGUAAAAUUGAUAAAUCGUCGCCGUCUUGGGAAGAAAAAAGCCUUGAGCAAUUUAUAUCGACUCCAACCACUACCGAUAAACUCAAACCACCACCUCUUGUGAAUUGUUUCGAAAAACCUCCGAGGCCGAUGCGACAUCGGCAUGUUAAAUUUGAACUUCCAAUGGAAUUGCUCUCAAGCUAACGUUUGUGGGGAGAGAGCCCGAAAAAAUUGAGCUCAAUUGUCGUCGAUUGAAAAAGGUGUCGCCUUCGACACAAUUAAAAUUUCAGAUUUAUGCAAAGAAAUUGAAAUCCUUGCAAAAUAAAUUAUCUUAGAACAGUGCUUCCCAAACCGCGGGCGGUGGGCCAUUCACGGCGCGCGUGAAUUGAUUUAAUAUGGUCCACCAAAGAUACCCUCAAUUGUUAUGUCAUUAUCACAGUUUAUCAAGCAUGUGUAUAUUUGUAACAUUUCAAUUAUACCAAUAUCGCAAUUAUGCGUACCGGUAUCGAUCGGCCCCUUGAGGGCACUUUCCUGGCCUGCGAAUAUCCUUCUAAAUUUGGCCCCCCAAGUUAAAUAACAUUGGGAACUACUGCCUUAGAAUAUUUGAAAUUGAUUUUUUUGAUAUUUGGGCAAUGUAGAAUGAUUCACUGUUC